CGCAGAAGGGGAGGGGGAGGAGAUGCUACAGAACUCCGCAGGGUAUGGAGGGGGUCAGUACCGAGAGACAGACGAGGCCUGUACGCCUUUCGGCUGUCUGUACUGCGACAAGAUGUUCUCUCGGUUGAGCUACUUGAAAAGACACGAGCAAGUGCACAGUGAUGCUAUGCCCUACCAGUGCGACUAUUGCCAGAGAUACUUCAAACACAAGCGCAGUAGAGACAGACACGUCAGACUACACACUGGGGACAAGAGGUAUGCGUGUACCAUCUGCACCGCUUGUUUCUCCCGCAGUGACCAUCUGAAGAUCCACUUGAAGACACACAACUCCACCAAACCCUUCCAGUGCCUCAUCUGCAGCAGAGGCUAUACGACAAUGGCGGCCCUGACUGCCCACACGCAGAGCCAUCACAGGGGGGCCAGCUGGCACACUCAGGGGGGUCUGGGGGCUCACCUGGUGCGCUGCCUGCGGUGUCCGGCCGUGUUCGCCUCAGCGGGGGAGCUACAUAGACACUCUCUAUUCGCUCACUCUUCUAUCUCUUGUUCUAUCCCCCCACAGGCAGUCGUAGUCUCCGCAGCCUCAGUUGCCGCAACCAACAACACAAAUCAUAUUCACAGUCUCCAAAUUCACAACAACCACCACAACCACCACCAACUUACUUUCAACAGCGAACAUUGCCACGGCCAGUCUACCAGUAAUAACAGCGCCAUUAGUACCAUUACUAGCAGCAGUAUUAAUACUAUCACCAGCUCCUCGGCAACUGCGCCUAAUGCUACAGCCAAUGCUGCCCAAACGCAACAGCAGCAGCAGAUACAAUUACAACAGCACAAUCUUAAUUUGAAUCUUGCCAACGUCGUCGCUUCUGCUGCCGCCGCCGCUGCAGCUGCUAACUCUGCUUCAAACGUCACUUCAUUCAACGGAGGUUCAAAUUCAUCAAACGCAUCUGCAAUAAGCAGCUUACCAAGCUCAAUAUCUGGUAUCGUGGGCGGUGCGAACUCUCGCCUACUGCAACAUCACAGAAACACUGUCGGACCGACGCUAGCCCAGAUAGUCCAGCACUCGAAUGGAAGCGUUGUCAACAAUAGUGAAUCGCCAGCAGCCAAAAAUCAACACCAACAACAACAGUCAUUUUCUCUUCUGAACAAUCUCGCAUCCUCUUUCAACCACAGUCAGUUUAUCCAGAAUAUCCAAAACCAGAACUUCCUCCAAAGCCAACAAAAUCAGCAACUGCACAACAGCCAACUCAGAUCCGCCUUGGGAAAUCUCAACUUUAAUCAGCAGCAGUUUCUAAACGCCAGUCUAAACAACAGCUUAGCGCUGAAUCAUCUCCACCAGCUUAACUCGAGAAAUUUGUUAUCUUUAAACGGAAACGGUGGACCUCAAAAUUCAGCAGUUCCUGCGUUACCAAACCUGCCACAGGGAAACUCUUCAAUCUUAGGCGCCAGUUUGAACGCUCUAAAUAACUCUAUCAAGUUACCAACUUUAUCAAACCGAAGCUCUCAGGAAGAGAAGUCUAUCAGUUCUGAGGGAAAUACUGAAGACGUCAAAACAAAACCGAGUUCUGAAAACAAAAAUCAAGAUUAUCAAAAUGGAACUAAUUUAAAGAGACGCGCGAGUUCGCCUCUGAAUAAUUCUACUAGUGCUAAACAAGCGAAUCUGAUUUUAACUCCACCUUCAUUGAAAUCGCCCAGUCAGCUAACACACGAGACUCUUAGAAGUCCGAGUUUUCACGCGCAGGCGAAUCAUUUGCCGAACCCGAAUCUACUUUUGCAGUCAACUAAUAGUGCAGCUUUCUCGGCUCUAUGUGCCCAAAACUAUCUGUUCCCGAGGCUGGGAAAUCCUUCGCCUCUUUUUCGACCGAAUCCUAAUUUGUUUUCUCGAUUUGCUCCGAACCAGCUGUCGCCUCCGAGCCAGUUUCUACCUCCGCCCCACCCAGGCCUUCCGGGAUUCCCAGCGGCUUUACCUUCUCGCCAUUCUUUGGAAUCUUUGAAGCUUCCCUCAAACAAACCCGGCGUACAAGGGCAGCUGAGUUCUAUUUCACCGAUUCGGAGCUCGCCUCCAAACGUACUGAAUAGUCCUAUCUCAAGCAGGGACGAAAAGUUAGGAGUCAAUCAACUGCCAGGCCUUCCAGAUCUAAUUUCACCGAUUAGAGGUGCGCCAAAUUCAAUCAGUCAUUCAUUGAAUUUCCCAAUUAACCAUCCUGCACCUGCGACCUUGAACCCAUUUCUGGCUCCACGGUUGGCGCCGACGAACCCAACUCAUCAAAACGAGGCUUCAGUCGCCGCAUAUCUGAACAACGCCACACCCAAUCGUCCCUCCAACUUGCCAGUUUUCGCUUGUCCUAUAUGUCCCCCCAGUGCAUCAACACAUUUCGAUAAAUUAGCAGACAUCCACAAUCAUUACUUGGCCUUCCACCAAAAUAACAACAAUAAUCACAGCCCAGGCAGCAGCUUUAGUCAAGAUUCUUUGGAGAUCACAAAACGCGUCAUUUCGGAGGCCAAAUCGCAAAACGAAGAAGACGAAGAAAUUCCGCAACUGACUGCAGAAGAAGCGAGGAAAUUCGAGCAGCUCAAACUCUCUCUUCUCGUUUCCGAAGUGAUUGACGAAUCAGAGGUAGCUGAUAGCCAGCCGAACACACCGUUGACCCCUAUUACCAUCUCAACCACAUCUGCAUCGUCUUCUUCCGCUGUCUCUGCAAAGUCAAGUGCAAACUCGGAAAAAAUUGAAUCAGAAGCCGAUUUGAAGAAAAUUUCAGUGAAAUCUGAAAUUAUGAAUGAAAAAAUAGCCUGCGCUUUGUGUGCUCAGAUAUUCCAUUCUGAAGAUGACGUGAAGUCGCACGUGGACAAGGAACACUCCGAGUUAAACAGCCAAUUAGAGGGUUCCAAAUUAACGUCGCCCUCUUGUGUUGAAAAUGACGAUUCGAAACAAGAGUCAACUAUUAAAGUUAGCAACGUAGACGAAAAGACAAACUCACAUAACAGUCCAAAUUUAGGAUCUUUGAGCUUCGCAGUUGAUAAUUUGAUUCAAAAAGAUCAGGGUCGAAAACGGCUUCGCUCUGAAACGAGCCAAGAUUCUUCAGAAAGAAAUGAAGUCUCUAGCAAAGGUCGCAAAAGUUCAAACUCCACCCCAAAGGUAUCGCCGGACUAUCAAAAAGCCGCAGUGGUAGAGAAAGAAACAUCAAAGAAAUCAGUAACCCGAGUGAACAACCAUGAUUUCACGUGCACUCAUUGCAAUCGAGGUGGUUUUAAAACUCCAGAUGAGCUUCAAACCCACAUGAACUCCCAUCUUGAAGUUUUGCUCAAACAGUCGAUGUCAAAUGGGCUGAUGACGCCAGUAUUGCCUGGCGGAGGGUCGGCGUCGAAUUGUCCCGAGUGUGGAAUUGUGUUGCCGUUGUCUGAAACUGGAAAGCAGAUGCAUCUGUUUUCCCACUUCAGUGAGUUGCAGCCUCAGGAAUUCGCUUGCAUCCACUGCAAGAACGUCAAGUUCUCCUGCAGCGAAGGAUUGCAUCAACACCUCAUGCAGUUCCACUCCAAGUGUCUCUUCACAUGUUCCCUCUGCCAAGAGACAUUCAACAACAAAGUAUCACUACAGGUUCACUUUGCGGCACAACACAGCAACAAAAAACAAUGCUACAGAUGCAAGCGGUGCAAUGCUUGUUUCUUUAAUGACCUCGACUUCGAAAAGCACAUUUUCAAAGAACACCUCCAACUCAUCAGACAAACUAACUCCCCCCAACAAAAGCAACCUCUUCCCUCCCCCACUUUUGCAGGGCUCCAUGAAAUGCUAAAGAGAGGGUCGCCCUUCCACCAACUAACGAGCCCGGAUGACAAAAAUUUAGCCCAAAAUAGGCUGAAAUGCAUGUUUUGUGGAAAAAUCUGCGAUUCUGAAGAACAUCUACAAACUCACAUAUACUCUCACAUGAAGCAGUUUAAUUGUCUCUACUGCGACAAAGUGUUCCACUUGAGCAGUUUGCUGGAGCAGCACAUAAAAGCCUUCCACAUGCAUGAACUUCUGGGUUCUUCUCAAAGUGAACAAAUUCAGAAAAUCAGCCCUAAUUUGGUCACGUCUCGUGCCAAUUCGUUUGACUUCGGAUCUGCAAUUGACUUGUACAGCUCCGCUCAAUCGCCGGUGGAAUCUCUCAUGUUCAAGUUUUCGUCUGCAAAGACUUCUCCGGGUCGAAUCGCCGGAGUCGCGACGGCAACUGCACGAUGUGGCAUGUGUCAGGCUAGUUUCGUGUCUGAACUUGAACUAAUGAAACAUAAGUGGACGCACGUGUUCACGUUGAGCACUCCGCGAUGCACGCUGUGCAAUGCAGUCUUCAGUUCGCCUUCCAACUUGGCAGCGCACAUGUUCGAACACAAGGCCAUCAACGUUGGCAAUCUCUGCACGCAUUGCAACUUCCCCCUUACUUCAGAGGAACACUUCUUCACCCACUUUGAUAAACACGUGCUGUCCCCCACCCUCUGCCCCUCCCCCUCUCCCCACUCUGCGAAGGGGAAUAGAGAUGGCAGUGACUUGUCCCCCUUGCUGUCUGUAGGGGGAGGGGACAAAAAACACGUGGAGUGUAUAGUGUGCAAACAGCCGCUGACAUCGGCGGCCGAAUUGCAGACACAUGCCAAGUUCCACAGUCACAUCGACGUCACUGCCAGAGGGUAUAGAUGCAGUGUAUGCUACCAGACCUUCCAGACCAAAACCAACCUCCACUGCAAGGUUGAUGGAAAUGGAUGCCCUUUCUACAUUUGUGGAGAAUGCAAAAAGAACUUGCAAAACAACCAUAGCAAUCAAACUUCUUCAGAACACCAUCAACACAUCCACCAACUCCUGCUCAAUCGAAACUCGGUCACGCCGCCGGGGGGAGGGAUAGGGGGAGAAGGGGGUUUGGUGGGGAUAGGGAAGUCUAAUUCCCAGGCGACGAGGGCGGGAGAGUUUGGAUUGGGGGGACUGAUUGGCAGCUACAGUCAUCUUAUUAACCAGUCUAGACUCAAUUCAGUCGACUUCAAAAAUGAUAACUCAUCGUCACCUAGCGGCGCCGCUGCCAAAUUUUUUCCAGACCGGAACAUUGGUGCAAUCCACGGUUCGAUUCCCGCCCUGGCGCCUACAUUUGUGCAGCGAGGUUCAACACAAUUCCAGCCAUUGUCAUGCAGUAAAUGCAAGAUAAAAUUUGCCUCAAUUGAUGAUCAAAUUCGUCACAUAACCACUGCUCAUUUGACAGUUUCACCAAAGAGCGAAGAUCAAAUUAAGGCGGCUGAAAAUAACUCAGAGAGCAAAACAUUCCAGUGCAUCAAAUGCCAAAAAGUGUUCGCCUCUGAGACGGAGAUCCACAUUCACAUAGCCCAACACGUGGAGGAGGAGGGAACGAGUCACAGCAAGUGUGAGUUGUGUGGCCAGCUGUUCCCCACUCCUGCCAGACUCCAGUGCCAUUUGAUUGAACACACCUUCACACACCUGGACGGACUCAUAUGUCCAGUUUGCCAUGUCGUUUGCAGGAGUGCACGUGACUUACAGAUGCACGUAGUCAACCACAAGAACAUUCAAAAGCCGCACACAUGUCAACAUUGUCCGCAAUCUUUCUUCUUCGGAGCCGAGUUGGAACACCACAAGCUGCAGAUUCACUCUAAGCCUCUUUUAUAUUUCACACCCAAUGACACAAACCAGUCCCCCCUGCCCAUGUCUUAUUCCAACCCCCUAUCAAACCAGUCUGAAGACGCCAGGGUUGUCCUAAAACAGCGUCCAUCAUCAACUGAUGACCGACUGUUGACAGGUGGAGUCAAGUCAGCACCUGACACGUCCUCUCCUCGGUGUCCACCGAGAACAUUGUCGCCGCCGACUGAGUUCUACAGAACCCGAUUUCCGACUAGAGUGAAAAAUGGUCAAAAAACUUACUCGUGCCCAAUUUGCCGAAACCAUUUCAGCCGAAAAGAUAAUCUGAAGGAGCAUUUGAGAUUGCAUCAUGCGGGUAUUAAGCCCUACUUGUGUCCGAAAUGCGGUAAAAUGUUUUCCAGGAAAAGUCAAGUUCGCGAACAUGUAAAGCUACACGUGAAUGACUCAUCAGUUAAACACCUGCAAGAAGUGAAAAGCGAACCUGAGACCGAAAUCGACACAUCAGAUGUAACAACCGGAUCACUACAUUGUCAAAUAUGCAAUUUUGAUACGGAUGUUGUGGAAAGUUUAAAAAAUCACCUCGAAAAUGAACAUUGCGACGAAAUUUCGUUUGUGACUGAGUUGAACGAAAUUGUGGAAUCGUCGAUGGAGUAUUCUGAGAACGACGAAAUCUCUACUCAUAAUGAAAGCUCACUUUUAGAAGUUCGAUAAACCGAUUGGUAAAAUAAGCCAGCAAACCUUUUUUUAUUACUCGACUCAUUUGAUGUUUGAAACAAAAAAACUCAACCUGACUUGAAUUUUAUUUUGGUGCUCUUCUUUAUGGACUUUCAAACGUCUUUAUAGCUCUCACUGAUAAGUAGAAACUUACUUAAAAGUUUGAAAUUACAGUUAAACUGAUAGUUUAUUUAUAGAUAAAAAGAAUAAUUAAAACUUGCUUCUCUGUGCAAUAUAAAUACCUUUCAUUUAAAUUUUGAAUCUUUCCU